UCUUCUGUCUCACAAGUAUUCCUGGCACGGCUUUCUUAACUUAAUUUUCAUUUUUCUCUAAGAAGGAACAGAAAACAAGAUGGCACUUUUGGUAACUGUGACCCUUUCUAUGUGGAUUUUAGUGCUUUACAGCUUCCUUGAGCCAGGGAUACAUUCUUUAGGCGGUAAAACAGAGAAUUUGUCGAAUAAAACAAACUGCCAGUCGGUGCUGGAAAUCAGGUAUAAUGAUCAGCUGGGCGAACAUCCAUAUGAUGCAAAGAUGCUGGACUUCACCUGCGCAAUGAAAAGCUGCACACCUGACACAGCAGUAACUAACAUAACCAAUUUUAUUGAUGGUGCCCUGUCAAUGUUGAACAUCACAUGCCUCAGAGCUGAAGACUCCCUCAUAAAAUGCAAUGUUCAAAAACAGUAUUCAAUUAACUCCUCUCAUCAUCAAGUUUCUAUAGAAUGCAAAGAUAACAGUGAGCAUAUACCAACAGUUCCACCACCACCAGAACCUCUGCAGCUAAGGCUAAUAGGGCCAGAUAACUGCUCUGGUGUUCUCGAAGUGUAUAAAAAUCAUAAAUGGGGAACCGUUUCUCCUACUUCAUGGACAGAGGAAAGAGUUACUUCUGUGUGUCACCAUCUUAAUUGUGGAAACUACCUUGAUUUUGGAGGCAAGGUACUAAAUGAAAAAAGAUAUUCUCCUUUGAGGUGGUCUCUGGCAACAGAAAGCUGUAGAGGAGGAAUGAAUGAAGAUUCCUGCUUUACUGAUCAAGACAAUCCAGAAAAAAAUAUUAUCCUCAGCAUGGUUUGUUCAGCGUCAACAUUAAAGCUCCCGAUCAGAAUGGUGAAAAGCAAUGCAACAGGAGAAGAACAUGUGGAGGUCUUUUUUGAAAACAGUUGGCAGGUUUUCUGCAAUAAUGACUGGGAAGAGAAAUGGGCUAAUGAAGUUUGCAGAGAUCAUGGAUGUAUGAGAUCUAAAUUAUUCCAAUCCAAAAACAAACCUAUACCACCAAAAACACUUGGAGUUUCUUGUUUAAAAAAAUAUAAUGAUUUAAAAGACUGCCAUCAUUUUAUAUUCAAGGUUGAAAAAUGUCUCCCUGCUACAUUAGCUUGUGACUGUGUGGAGGUGCAUGGCUUUGACACCAGCACUGGUGUGGCGAUCACUUUUGGACUUAUCCUGUUAUUUGUUCUUCUCAUCAUAAUUGGACCUCCAUUUUAUCGCAUCGUUAGGAAAAGAUUCCGUUUGAAAAAGCAACGUCAGUGGAUUGGACCGACAGAAGCAGGCCACAAUGUGUCUUUUCACCAGAGAAGUGUGAUUAACUCCCGCUCACAAGUAUCAACCACGAGUAGAGCCAAAGCCAAUGAGUAUUAUGUGCUCCCAAAGAAAACAUAUCUAUCUCCUUAUCCAGCACUAGAGCGAAUAUCAACUGUUUCAGUUCAGCCCCAUGAGAAUUUGUCUGACAACAGUGAAUAUGACUUCUACGAUGUGCGCAGACUGUAGGAAACUGCACAGUAUCACUGAUUGGAGAAAGCAGUGGAAAAUAAGUUAUCAGUUUGACCUUAAAAUAUAUCUUGCUGGUCAUGACACUUGAGAUGGAAUCUGUCCUGAGAAGUCAGAACUUUCUAAUGGUUGCCAUCUAAGCUUCAACAGCUGCUGCUCUGUAAAGAAAUGGACUAUGGGACUUCUGCCUCUUUGCUGACAGGAGGCAUUUCAGUAAUUACUUGGGCUGACACUGAGAAUUUCAGAAGUGGUGUUUCAAAACAUGAUAGGGAAUGAUUCUGUAGGAUUGAAGUGUGACUUUAUGUUUGUUGUUCUGUGGGGAUCUAUGUUAUGUACAUUGUUUCUGAGAUGCAUCAAGUUUGCUGUUUAUCACUCCAUGCUCACAUUGGCUAACUUCUGUUACUAAACAUUCUAGGCUUUAGUGGCUGAAACUAGUAGAUUUUAAGGAAAACGUACUGGACAUUUGAUAGGUGCUCUGUAGUCUUUGAUUAUGAAUUAUAAAAACAUUAAUUCCCUUCAUUUUCAUUACUGUUCAAGUUGGACAAAUAUAUUCAACCACCUUCAAUGGUCAUCCCACUUGAAGUCAUCAGGCUUAGAUACGCUUAUCUAUUUGCAGGAAUUCAGGAUUCAGUUGAAGAUGAAGCACCUUUGUGUCACACAGUCAAUACUGUGUUGACCAUCAUGCUGUGGUACUUGGUUAUCAUACAUACAACCAGAGUUCAUCCACUCUGACAUUCCACUUUUUAGUAAAGUCAUAGAACGUUUGGUUACUUACAUUUGGAACCAAGAUGGACAUCUGCAGCUAUCUCCUGAGGGACACACAGAGCUGCUGCUGCCUAAGUGAGACUAUAUGUUUUUUUCCUCCUUCUACUUUAUUCCAGGACGUAAUCCUAUAUAUUUAUUGCUUGUUAUAAUCAAAUAAUCUGGAAGCUCAGAUUCGUGCACUAUGAUAAGUUGUGAUCACUGUACUUUGUUUGCUUUGCUGGUUUUCUGCUGCCUGACAACUUGUGGACAUCCAUCUACCCUGACAAACAUCUCAACGAUCAUACUUGAACUAUCUAAGUGUCACCGAUUCUUAUGGAGGACUCAGUUUUGUGUCAGGAUUUCACUUUGUUUUUCUUAAAAGAAAUAGCUUCUGCGACAACAAAGUGGAAAUUGCUGUCAGUAAGUAACAGACAUGCCCUUCACAGGCUUCAUUUUCAGAAAAUGUGUGCUAAUGCAAACUCUUGCAGCUUGCUAAAUGAAUAUAAGCAGUACCUAAAUGUGUCAGUGAUUUGGGAUCUUUGUCCCCAUGGCCAAGCUUCAUAAAGUACAUCUCUCAGUAGUCACACUCUAAUGAAGUUUUAAUUUUUUUUUAAUUUUAAGCAAAUAUAAAAGUUUGUAAAGUUAUGUUGUCCAAAAUAUUAACAGUGUCCUUAUUUCUAUGGUGUUUUAAAAUCCCAGUCUCAGAAUUAGUGAAGUAUCAUGGUUUGCCCAUUUUGCUACAUUGUCUCAAGAUUUUAUUAAGGAUAGGAUGAAAUGUAUGCACCGCAGUAUGUCUCACCUUCCUGCACAGAAACUUCAUUGAAAUAACCUCUGCCCCCAAAGCUGGUCUCAAAUGUGUAACCUUUCCUUAUGCCAUGUUUAGAAAGGGAUGUAACAAUUCAUGUAACACUGUGUACCAGGUUGUUCUGUGGUAGUCUUCUGUUUAAAGUUGUUACCUUCCCAAGACGUGCUUUAAUGAUUCUCUACAGCAGGGUUUGCAGAUACCUGCACCAUUCAGCAAUGCAUUUUGUACCAGCAUAAAUAUGCUCCUUAAAAUGGAUCAUGUUCUGCUACUAACAUGCUCAAAGGUUAAUCACAGCAGUUGCAUCCAGUUUAGGGGACCUGUAUUAAUGUCUGGCAAUACAGAGAACCAAAGUUCUGAGUUGCUUUCUAUUGCUGGGGUGCAGCGUUUCAUUCCUUCCACCUUCAUUUACCUGUUGUCUGGAGAUGAGCAAGUCACUUAAUCAGACAGUGCUCCUUGGUUGCCCCUGAAAAGGGGAAGCUGUGUCCACUGGGUUUACCUGGUCAGCUAACAGGAAAAUAAAUGGGAUGUGUGACAAAAAUUACUUUAAGCAAUAUUAAUUCAGCAUCAAGAAGUUGUGUAAGGUGUUUUGGGGAACAUUUAUGCAGCUAUAAGAAAAGAAAAUUGGACAAAACAGACUGAAAAACAGUGACAUUACUAGCAAGUGUACGUCAUCUGUAAUAAUGUAUUAUGUAUACCUUUAUUACUCUGUCGAAAACAAAUCUGGCAUUGGGAGUGGUACUUUUUACUUGGAGGUAUGUGAAUGCUGUGUGUGCAAGGUAUCAUGUGAUAAAAGAACCCAAACAGUGAAAUCCUUCGAGACACAUUACAUGGUGCCCUUUUGUCAUUUUAUGAACCUAAUGGUCCUUGUAAGUGAACUAAAUCAUCAGACAGAGCUGCAGGCUAUAUACACUUGCACUCUAAAGAAACCGG